ACAAGAUAAAGCAAAUGACAGAGCCCUGAUGUUAAAUAGCAGGCGAAGAUGUUUCGAUUUCAAAACGAUUUAGAGCACAGUUGAAAAGUUAAUACGCUGACUAUAAUGGACUAAUUAGAAAAAUAAAAGCAGUCAGUUUCAAUGCGUGAGAUAAGACCUGUGUCUCACGGCCAAUGCUUGAGAGUUGGUAGCUCGGAGAAGGCUAGGCUACAGUAACGUAACCUAUGAUAUCUCAAGUAUUGGCACCUACAGAAAUAGCUUUACACUGAAUUCUGAUGACAGGACAACCUGAGCAUAAAAGGUACGAAGGCAGACAAAGUUUACAGCUAUAAAGCUGUAAGGGAACCCACAACAUGGCAAGCACACAGCAGUCUGCUUUUGAGUAUGUCCAAAAUGGCAGAGCCCUUCUUGAGGGUCACCUCCAGAAACCCUCCUUGGUCGUUGAUGAGUUGCGAAAGAAUAACAUCCUCAGUGAAAAACAAGUUAGAGAAAUUAAAUCCCAUAAAAAGAGGUCUGUCAAAACCAGAAAGAUGCUGGACAUGAUUAUCAAGAAAGGGGAAUAUGCCAGUUAUGAACUGUUAAAAAUAUUGUACAACACAAGGAACCAAACCUUACCAAGAACAAACCCUACCCAGAAUCAACCUCGCCACCCAGAUUUACAUCAAUGGAUCAGCUGCUUUUCGUUUACGGAUGACCCAGAUUUACAGAGUGGCCUCGUCUCUGAAUCAGGGCCUUGUGAGAGGUACAAAAGGCAGCUGCGAACGAAAGCCGUUGAGUUUCUUCAUGCAAAAUGGGACCAGCACAUGCAUUUCCUCAAAGACAAGGCAAAAUGCAAACCCUUUACUUACAUUCCUGUCGUUUUGGACACCGACUCGAGUGAGCUGUCCAAAACUAAAAGCAAGUACAAAAAAGCACGCUCUAAGAAACUUAAGACUUACAUUCCAAGAGACAAGGGAAAACUGUCCCCUGGUCACUUACUGGAAAGCAGUGAGAAAAAGAUUCUACUUGUUGGUAAACCUGGCAUUGGAAAGACAACUGUUGUCCAGCAAGUUUUGAAUAUCUGGGCAGAGAAUGAGAAUCCUCAAGAGAGUUAUAUGUUCUACUUUGAUGAGCCUUCGAUGAGAUCAAUGUCUCACUCUUCACAGCCCUCAUCCUUGAGGUCUCUGCUGUUUGAAAGAUACCUUAAGCCAGAGGAAGGCACAGAGGAUGUGGUGCUGUGUGAUAUUCAAAAUAAUUCUGAAAAUGUUAUCUUCGUGUUUGAUGGGAUCAUGGAUGUGAUUGGCAACCCCGUGCUAAAUAACAUUAUGGCAAAAGAACUUCUGUGUGAUGCCAAGAUUCUGACCACGUGCAGACCAGAGGCAGAAGACUGCGAGUUUUUAUCUGACUGGCCGUCUUACAGAGUGGAGGUCCAAGGAUUCAACAACGAGUCCAUCCAUGCUUACUUAAAGUGGAUGUUAGGCACUGAGGAUGACUAUGUUUGUAGUGUUGCGAGCAACGACGCACUAUUCAGUCUAUGCCAUGUCCCAAUGUACGCUUUCAUAGUGACUGCUUGUAUUUCAUUUAGUCCCUGUGAGGCUAAAAACCACCCAUGCACCAUAACAGAAAUGUAUGUGCGGAUCUUUCGUCAUUGCAUGAAAAGACAUGGUGACCAAAAUGUUGAGUAUCUGGAUAAGUACAUUCAUGACAAUAUGGGGAACAUCAAGUUUCUAGCUAUAAACUCUUUCCAAGCAUUACUUGCGAAAACUGUAAACUUGACAGAAAUGGAUUGCAAGGACAACAGUGUUCAACAUGCGUUCUUGACAUCCAGUGCAGCAAAGGAAUCGUCAACUGGCCAUUCGUUUGCUUUUCUCCACAACACGAUGCAGGAGUUUUGGGCUGCUCUUUUCCUGUUGAUGACACCUGGAAACAUCACCUCCGUCCUUCAACAGUGCCAGACAGAAGAAGGAAAGUACUUGAAGUACAUUGUGUCCUUCCUCUGUGGACUCUUGUCCAGUGACAUUGCUGAAUUGAUUAACUGUGUAGUGCCAGAGGACCAGAUAAGGGAAAUAUCUGACAUAUACCUUGAGAAAGUCAUAGACACCUUCCUCGGGCCUGCAAUACUACAGGGACAUGAUGAGUCCCAUACCGAGUUGGAUGCUGAUCUCCUCUUCGUUUGCCAGUGCUUGUAUGAGCACCAGUCACCCGAAGCCUGCUCACUCCUUCUACAAAAAGUGGAGUAUGAGCUUGAUCUCUGUGGACAAUAUCUCGAUCCUCAACAGUGCUGUGCCGUGUCAUAUGUAAUCAACCAGUCCACAAACAGGAAUGUCCGUCUGUACCUGAAUGACUGCACUUUCUCUGAUCCAGGAUUGAGGCUGAUUCUGGGCUCUUUGAAAAAUCUUCAAUGUCUCAGAUUGGAUCCCACUACACAAUGUCAGGUGUGGAAAGCUGCUCUUCACUCAGGGAACCAGAGUGACUCUGAAGCCUUGCUAAGACUGUGUGAAUAUGAAAUUCACUUAAGAGUCAAGGAGCAACAGGACCAAAAGGUGUGGGAGAGAGUGGGAGAGGUCCUGAAGCGCAAGAGACCAGAGAAGGUCAAACUCUGUCUACAUUUGGUUGACAACUCACUGCAUGCAGCUGAUUCCUUGGGAAAGAGCAUAUUUGACUGUUUGCCAAGCGUUGAGGCUAUCAGGUUUGUUGAACCUGUUGAUCUGAGACGAUCGUUAGUGGCAUGGAAAAUGGAGGUGAGGUCAUUCCAGCAGGAUAUCUUGAUGCACGGGGCUCUGUACCAGAUGGAGACGGGACUGAAAUCUGUAGAGGACCUGCAAGCAGUGCUUUGUCUGGCUAGCACAUAUUCUUUAGAGGAACAGAGCAAAUUCAUUUUGAGUUUGUACCAACAUAUAGGAAAAUAUGAGCAUGAUGAAGGUGUAGCAGUUCUACCAAUAUUGCAGCCAGUUUUCAAGUCAUUUCCUGCAGUCUGGUACAUACACUUUGCUGAUACGAAGGCCUCUGUCCUCCUUGAGGUGAUGAAACUCCAAAACGUGAAGAAACCAGUGGAGCUGUGGUGGUCAAAUGAUGAGUGUGACAUGAGCCUCAUUCAUUGUUUGCCUUAUAUUUCACAGCUAAGGUUCAAUGACUGCAUUCUGAUCCAGUAUGAUGACACUAAAGGAACCAUUGAAGGCCUUUUGAAACUCUUCUGUUUUGCAAAGCAGCGUCAGCUUGAGACAGGAGAGGAGACACUGAGGAUGCUGUCGACGGUAUGCAGCUACUCAAACUUCCCUUUUGAGAGUGGUAACAAAGACGAACAGAGUGAUUUUCUGCUAGAUUUGUACUCCUCUGCAAAGUCGUUUGAACUUGAAUUGGAGGGCCAAAUUCUCCCAUCAUUGUUGACAGUCUUUCAGUCAGCUCAGCCUGCAGCCUGGGUCCUCGACCUCGGUACAGACAAGGCCUCCAUCCUACUUGAGGUGCUGAAACUCCAAACAGAGAAGAAACCAGUUAGACUGAAGGGCUGGCUAGAAACUGAUAAAAGCAAAAUAUGGAGUUUUCUUCGGUGCCUACCAUAUAUUUCACAACUGAGGAUUGUUCCUCAAGAUGAGAGUGAUACAGAGGUGAAGAUGCCUACACUGACUUCUGAGCAACUAAAGAGAUUCUUCCUUUUGCACCUGCUUGAUCAUGGAGAUCUAGACAACACUGAGACAGGACAGAGCUCUGUUGAGGAACUGUUGUCAGUUCUUGGGUUUGCUCAUUCAGACGACUCUCCAGAAAGGUGCUUGUUUCUGUUAGAUCUGUUCUCACAUGGGAAAGACUACGAGACUCAAACAGGCAGAAAAGUUUGUCAAGCAUUACUUCCUGUUUAUCGGUCAGCCCCUGCAGUCUGGUCCAUAGACCUCUCGGAGAGAAAGGGCUCUCUAAGCUGUGAUGACCAGUUCCAGCUGUCUCUGUGGGGUGCAUUCCCUGUCGGCUCAGAAUGGGAUGCACAGCUAGCCUCCUCACUCCUCCAGGCCCUAGACUAUACCAUCACAUUGUCAGGGUGGUUGCCCACUGUAACCUGCAAGGCAGUAGGUGCAGUCCUAGGCCAAUCUGCCCCUGGAGAAAAACUCAACGUCAGUCUCACCCCAGAUAGUAUCUCAUUCCAAGGAGCUGCAUUACUCUUCAAGCAAGUGAAAGAGUUUCACAAACUUAAGGUAAACGAAAUGUCAACAGCGAAGCUGGCCAGAUUGGCAAGGUCAAUGACAUGCCGAAGACCAAUGGUCGUUGAGGAGCUGACUCUUGUCUUCUCUAGGUCAAUUCCAAAAGAAGGGGUGCAGUGUAGAGUGCUCAGUGGUUUAGCUUUACUCCUUAGAGUUUGGACUGUAAGGGUCUUAAAUCUGAUAGACUGUCCAAUCCAGGGUUUCCUUCUCACUACCUUGUUGUGUCAUCAGGGUCCACUCACUAUCAGGCAAGUUUCUAGAUCUUCUUCACACUUGAAAAAAUAUGGACUUUUGUUUUGUGAGGUGUGCUAUUGUUUUGAAAGAUGGGUUUGUGUAUGUUUCCAUGACAGACUGAGUAAGGAGACUCUGCAGCAGCUGGCUGUUGUGGUGUAUGAGGCUCAGGAUGAGGAACUGACCCAAUGCUUUCUGGAAAAGUUGGGUAGUGAUCUGUGUAACUGUACACUGGACUGGGAUGUGCUUCACUACUUGCUGAAGACCACCACACAACCCAUCACCAUCAACCUCAGGAGGAGCAGAAUCAGAGACCAAUACAUACCUUAUCUCCUCCCUUUGCUGAAGAAUGUUCACUUUCAAAGGACAAGCUCCCAGUUUGAAAGGACAGCUCUGAGAGAAAUACAUGAGAAACGUGCUGGUCACUUGGUGAACAGUUUAGUGAAGUCAUCAGAUGACUGGAUCGACCUGAACAACCUGGUUUUGAACCAUGAUGACUGUGAAGCACUUCGUUUUGCCCUGCACUACAGUGACGGUGUCAAACUCAACUUGUUGUUGACCAUCAUUCCAAAGGAGGAAAUGGAGAGCAUUCUGACUCUUCUACACAGAGUCUCUGAGCUCAGGGUAGACAGGAAACUAUUGCUGGAGCUGCUCCAUACCUGUGCAGGAUUGAGAAGGAGGAGAGGAGAGGCACCUGCACUCCUGACACUGCUGCAUCACAAACUGGACCUCUCCUGCUCCUCUGCCAUAGACCUAUUUGGGCAGGAGAAAGAGACUGUUUUGAGCCUCAGUUUUGGAGACUGUAGGGUCAUCUCCGCGGCCAUCCAGGAAGCUGAUGGUGACACAGAGCUGAUCCUACAUGACUGCCAUGUUGAGGAUGCAGGACUAGAGGAGCUGUUUCAUGUUUUGCACAGGAUUCAUAUGAGCUUUGGAAAACCUCUUCUGCUGCAAAUCCUGCACUUGAUAUUUGUGGAAGAUGGCGACAGGUCAGUGAGGCUUGCUUCAUUACUCUCCAGAGCCCUGGAAAAGAAGGUGGACCUCAGUCAGAGCCCUUUAGACUCGAGGGCCUGUUCAACACUUGCCUUGGUUCUAGAACACUCGGAAGGGCUUUCCGAGCUGGACCUCAGUGACUGCCACCUCACUGACACACACCUGGAUGUGCUGCUCCCACAUCUGCACAAAGUUCAAGUCCUGAAUCUUUGCAAUAAUGAAAUCACCGACAAAGGUGCUGUGAAACUUAACCUAUACAUGAUCGGCAAUAGCUUUACAGAAACUGUAUGGCUCUCCAACAAGAUGAUCACUGAGUUUGACAUCUUAUUGGCGGACAAUCGCUACAAACUGUGGCCAGCUCAUGUGGAGCCUGGGCACGAUCAGCGCGUUACUUCCCUGGGAUCUACCUCUGUGACAAAUGAGACCUCUAAAAAAAAAACCCUCAUUGAAGAAUUUGACCCUGACAAAACAAUAACAGACAAGAUUAUCUACAGGUUCCAGUGUGGGUCUCGUGGCAGGUUUCAGUGCAGAGCUACAGGGCUGGUUUUUGGGAUGAGGGGGGCAGGGAUUGUGGAGUACAGUGUGGUCCACUGGGACAGGGAUAUCCUUGCUAACACCAGCUAUGAGCCUGCAGGCCCCUUGUUUCAACUCAGGAGUCCAGAGGGACAUAUGUACCAACUACAUCUACCUCACUGCGAGGUUACGGUGUCUGCAGCUGAGAACCUUCUUGUGGCCCACAUAUGCAGAAAGAACAGGGAGUUCUUAAUACCCAAGGUGACACACUCACACGUGAUUGUAAGCAUUAGUGGGCUUUCAAAUUAUGGAAAAGCUCGUAAAAAACAAUCCAACAGCAACCGUAUCCAAGGACAGGUGCUACUGUUCCUUGAGCCUGAAGCAACUCCAAAAGAGCAAAGGCUCUGGGUGUUCCUGCUGCCCCGAGACAUGCCGCCAGACGAGGUGGAGAAUCAGCACAAAGAGUUCACAUUCAUUAAGACCAGCUCAUCCUGUAUGCUGACACCCACAGCCAAAUAUAGUGUGACUUCUGACCUCAAACAAGGCUUUCUUGUUCAACCCAAAAAAUGCACAUUGCACAUUGCACAUUGCACAUACCAACACGCCACCUUUGAGGUCUUCUUGAACCGUAGUAUCACAGAACUCAAUAUGAACAUUCUGGAGACAAAGCUAAAGACGCGGAAACGCUGGUGUCGCCGAGUGAUUCUCAACACACCACGGGCAGAUAAUGCUGCUCAGGUGAAAAGAUUCACUGAGCAGCAGUGGAUAAAGAACCUGUGUGAAAUACUGGGAGAACUGUCAAAGUACGAAAUUAAGAAGCUUAAGUCAAUGAUGAGGAAUAAGGAACAAAAGCCAAUCGCCAAGAGUGCUCUGGAGGGACGAAAAAGCCCUGAGGAGCUUGCAGAGCUGAUGGUGGAGACCUGGGGGGUGCAUGACUCCAUCAAGGCCACCAAAGAGUUAUUGGAGAGACUGCCACGCAACGACGAUCGAGUGACAUCCUUGCUGCAGCCAUUCUUGUAGCAAUUUGGCAAAGGGUGGGGUGGGAGAUGAUGGAAAUGUGGUGGCUACCUGCAAAAAACUAUGGGAGUGUUUUUACAAGGUCCAAAAAAACUCAGGGAAAAUAAAAUCCAUUAAAAUUGAUAUAAUGAACAGAACAUUUAGAGAACAACUAUACUGUAUUGCAGUUGUCUUUAAUUUUGUAAACUUUUUGAAAAAAAUCAAGUUUAGUUUAACAAUAUUUUGAGAUUUGAUGUAUAUUUCUAUAUUUUAAAACUUUUUUAAAUCACUGAAAUAUGUACAGUAUGACCAACGACAUCUUUGUAGUUCAAUGUAUAUUUAUAUUUUUUAACUUUUUUUUCAACCACCAGAAUAAUAUGUAAAGUAUGACCAAUUACUUUUUCUACCUGUUUGAAUCAUAGCGUUGUCUCAUCCACACAUUCUGAUAUAACCAUGAAUCUAAUCCGUGGCCAGUUAUUUUUCUACCCUUUCACUGUCAUAAUGGUACAAAUCUUUGCCGCAAAUCCUAAAACUAGUAUGUAUGAUUAUUGUUAUCCUCAUUUGACAUCAGGAAAGACAAAAAUGCCAAAGCCCUCAUCAUUAGUGUACUUGCUGUUAUUCCCUCUUAAUAGUCACAGUUUGCAUCAGAUAGUAACCAAUUCUUGAUAUUAACCAAUUGCCUACACUGCUGUGCUUGAUGUUUUUUAUUUUUUAUUUUAUUAAAUGUGCCUUUCUAUGCAAUAAAGAUUAGGGUACACACUGA